CGGAAUGAGGUGACGCGAUAAGCGAUCCCGCUUGAGGUCCCAUUCCCUCUCUAUAAAAGGUUAUCAUGCAAAAACCCUAUCGCUUCUGUGGAGGGUUUCCAGGCGUCGGACGGAAGGCAUCGGGGCUAAACCGAAGGAACUUGCUGGAAAAUUUUGGUGGAAAUGGCUGUUUCAUUCAGCAACCUUCACUCUGAAUCUGGUCUUGAGAAGCUGGACAGUUACCUCCUUUCCCGUAGCUACAUUACUGGCUACCAAGCUUCCAAGGACGAUCUUUGUGUCUACACGGCCCUGUCUGGAGCACCAUCAUCAAAGUUUGUGAAUGUCUGCCGCUGGUAUGAUCACAUCAGCGCGCUUCUCAGGUUGAGUGGCGUGUCUGGGGAGGGUGAAGGUGUCAAAGUGGAGACUUCUACUUCUUACAUUGAAGAGGCCUCUAUAUCUCCUCCUGUUUCUGAUGCAAAGGCCAAAGUAGAUGAAGAAGAUGAUGAUGAUGAUGUUGAUCUCUUUGGUGAGGAAACAGAAGAAGAGAAGAAGGCAGCUGAAGAACGUGCAGCUGCCGUAAAGGCUUCCGGCAAGAAGAAGGAGUCGGGUAAAUCUUCGGUGCUCUUGGACAUAAAACCUUGGGACGAUGAGACUGAUAUGAAGAAGCUAGAGGAAACUGUAAGAAGCCUCCAAAUGGAAGGCUUGCUGUGGGGAGCAUCUAAGCUUGUUCCAGUUGGCUAUGGCAUCAAGAAGCUGCAGAUUAUGAUGACAAUUGUUGAUGACCUUGUUUCUGUGGACAACCUUAUAGAGGAGCACCUUACCGUUGAACCAGCCAAUGAGUACAUUCAAAGCUGUGAUAUUGUGGCAUUCAACAAGAUCUAGAACGGAGCAUGUUCAGAUGCAAGCGAAUGGUCUAGGUUGUUUUUGGAGAAUCUGAUAACCAAACGAUUUUGCUGCUGGCAGCUGGGAUCUUUUUGUGGCAUAUUUAUCAGAUAUGCCAUUAUUUUCAUGCUUGGAAUCUUAUUUGUGUUAUUUGGCGUUGGUUCAAGUGGUUUUUGCUGCGUCUUUCCUAAUAUCCUUUGGUUGAGGACGUUUAAGGGGUGUUGUAGAAGUCGAUCUCGUUUGAUCCGUGAACUUGUUAAAAUUUAAAUAAUACCGAUUUUGCUGUUUCUAGUUA